AUGGACACUGAGGAACCUCCUUCACCGUAUCUCCAUUCUUCUUCUUCUUCUUCUUCUUCGCUACUCAAAGACAUCUCCAAUUUCAGAACCCCUAAACGCCCUUCUCUUUCUCUAUCUCUCAACACCCAAUCUCCCUCCACUCAAUACUUCACCGCCUCUAAAUCCAAACAAUCCACCACCGCAUUCCGCCGCCGCACCAACAAGUCAGGUGCCGCCGCCGCUCGCAAACUCAAGGCUUUCCAACUAGAGCAGUCCCAGUCUUCCAGAAAGGCCCAAAUCAAGAAGGAGCAGUCCCUCAAAUCCCUAGCCAAGUCCAUCACUGUUUGGCUUAAUUUCUUGCUCGAAAACCCUGCCUCCUGCGGUUGCGACUUGUCCAUCGCCGGAGUCCACAUCGGCGAUGCCACUCCGGCCACCAAGGGCAAGAGAGACAGCCGCCCCGGAAUUUCCGUUGGGGUUGAUUCCACCUGGCGAACUCCGAAGCGGCAGAGGAAGACGUGGUCACGUGCUGAGGGUGAUGAAAAUGCUGCUUCUGCGGCGGAGUUGCCAAAUUCCUUGUUCUCGUACUUGAAGGAUUCUCUGAAGGAUGUCUGCAGUUUCGAGGAUUUGAAGCAGCGAAUGAGGGUUUAUCUGAGCCUCGGAACUUGUAAAGAUAUCUUCCAAGUGAUGAAUCAAGUCUCGAAGGCAAUUGACGAAGGAAGGCUAAAUUUGAGGGCACACUGCCCGAUAGUAACAGAUGUUGGGUUGAAGGAUAAGGCCACAAGAAUACUCAUGUGUUAUAAUCCAAUUUGGCUGCGAAUCGGAUUGUAUAUUAUUUUUGGUGGGGACUCCUUGGUAUUGAAUGGAGAUGCUGAUCCUGGCCAUGAUGUCAUAUUUUUGAAAAUGGUCAUUGACAAGCUGUUUUUUUCACAUGAGGGUCUAGCAAAAGCAUAUGCAUAUAACAAGAUGGUUGAAGGUGUAUAUAGGUCGGGUUACUAUGAGAAUCUGGGGAAUGUGAUUUUGAAGAGAAUUUUGUUACUUGUGCUUAUCCUAGAUAAAGCUAAAUGUCAAAGUUGCCUCCCACUUGAGUACGGUAUUGAUGGAUUAGAUGGGGGUUCCCCUUUAUUAUUCAAAGCAGAAUCAUGGAUUAAAUCAAGUAGUCAAGUGAUCCAUGAAUUUCUGUCAUCCGAUGUAAUGCAUGGAGAAGGCAAUCUUCUAGCACAUUUGAUGAUUUUAGGUUACAAAAUAUCUCAUCAACAGGGGCCUCUUGUUGAGUAUGAUUUUAGGGUCAGAGACUUAUUUGUAGAUCUCCAAGAUGGACUAAAACUCUGUAGAGCUAUUCAGCUCUUGCAACAUAAUUCUUCUAUCCUCAUGAAAAUUGUAGUUCCCUCAGAUACUCCUAAGAAAAAUUUGGCGAACUGUGGCCUUGCCCUACAAUAUCUUAGGCAAGCGGGUGUGUCACUACAUGAUGAGGAUGACACGAUGAUUAUGGCAGAUGAUAUUGUUAAUGGAGACAAAGAACUUACACUUUCCUUGCUCUGGAAUAUGUUUGUUCAUUUGCAGCUACCUCUUUUGGUUGAUAAAACAAUUUUAGCUGGGGAAAUUUCUAUAAUUCGAGGACUUGGCGCAGAUCUGAUAAACAGUACAAAUUCUAGUUCUCUGGAAUUGCUUUUGAAUUGGAUUCAGGCUGUUUGUAACAAUUAUGAUUGUGCAAUUGACAAUUUUCAUUCCCUUGUUGAUGGCAAAGCUAUCUGGUGCUUACUUGAUUAUUACUUUCAGAAGGAACUUCAUAAUUCCUGUUCAUUGAAGGAAGUUAAUAAGAAAAGUGGUAAGGGAUCAAUUAUGUCGGUCAGUGAAUAUUCAGAUGCACUGUACAAUUUUAUUUUGUCCCAGAAGUUAACUACGUUACUGGGGAAUUUUCCAGAGGUACUUCAAAUAAGUGAGCUACUUCAAUAUAAUGGUGCUUGCAGUGAUCGAAGUGUGGUGAUAUUGUUGGUUUUCUUAGCAAGCCAACUAUUUGUCAAGAAAAAUAUGGAUCAAUUAAAUUUCCAUAAGCUCUUGGGCUAUGACUGUCAAAGUCCGCACCGUAGACAUUUGAGGAUGGUAGAAAGUUUUGAAUCAGUACAACAGCCUGAUGCUUCAGAUGUGCAUGUCAAUGAAGAUGCCGCAAGAAAAUUCAAGGCCAUCCAGGCUUGGUGGCAAGAUAUGGCUGAACGAAACCGUAUCAUGAAACCAAUUGGCUCUAAUUUGCAGAGAUCCAGGACCACUGAGCGCAGCACCGAUAUUAUAAGUGAAAAUGCUGCAACAACAAUACAAUCACAUAUCAGAGGAUUGGUUGUGCGGCACAAGUUUCUGAAGAAGGUAAAUGCUGUUACCCUUUUGCAAACUGUUUUCAGAGCUUGGCUAAAAGUGAGGCAGGAGUCAGAUUGCAUGACAUUUACUACCGUUCAAGUCUAUGACUUUUCAUGUGAAAUAUUGAAGAAAUCAGAAACAUAUAAGAGAUAUGCCAUGCUUUUCGUUCAUAGGCAUUCUUUUUUGAGGUUGAAGAGGUCAGCACAGCUUAUCCAACAGGCAGUGAGGAGUUGGCUCCAUCGGAGGCAUCAGCAAGGAUGUAGUAUAAGUCCUGAUCUUAUGAUUUCAGAUAGGGUGACUGCUGCCACUACUGUUCAGAAAUUUGUUCGUGGUUGGAUGGCUCGAUAUAGAUAUAUUCGUCAACUAGAUCAGAAGGAGAAAGCUUUGAAUUUAGCCCAACAUAAAGUUACAUUUGAUCUUCAAACAAAUGCAGCCGUUAGCAUUCAACUUGCUUGGAAAAAGUUCAUAUGCUGCAAGUCUAAACGGAAGCAGCAUUUUCUUGCAACUAAAAUUCAAUGUAAUUUCCGUAGGUGGAUAUUGAGGAAAAGAUUUUCAAGUCAGAUUCAAGCUGUUAUAAAAAUUCAAUCUUAUUUUCGAAUGUGGAGAUGUGUAAAUGCUUUUCGGCACUUCAAAAUUGCGCAUAAGGCAGCUAUUUUCAUUCGAUCUUUAUUACGUGGAUGGAUUGCACGGAAGGCAGUUUGUGCACGUAAGAAUAGCAUUGUUGAAAUUCAAAGACAUUGUCGUGGUUGGCUUGUGAAACGGGACUUCUUGUUCCAAAGAGACGCUGUAGUAAAAAUUCAGUGUGUCAUUCGAAGCCUGGAAUGCCAGAAAGCUCUUAAUUUUCAGAAAGAUGCUGCUUUGGAGAUUCAGCGCUUUAUCAGAGGGCAUAUAACUCGAAAUCGGCUAUUAGGUAGUGCAUCCCAGUUACGCGCUGUCGUUCCUGUUAGUUGCAUUUCAAGGCCUGUUGGCUUUUAUAGUUUUCAACUGGAACAAUUAUUGUUUUCCGUUAUGAAAUUGCAACGAUGGUGGAAGGGUCUCUUGUUGCUUAAAUUGAUGAAUAAGUCGGCCAUCAUUAUUCAGUCUUGUACUCGUCGGAGGAUAGCCAGGCGAAAGGCCACUGUUCACAGACACCAUGAUGUUGCCAUCCAAGCUCUCAAUUUCCAGGAAGUAGCUGCGUUGGAGAUCCAGCGCUUUAUUAGGGGGCAUUUAACUCGAAAUCGGAUAUUAGGCGGUGCUUCUAAGCUACUUGCAGCCAUUUCUGUUGGUUGCAUUUCAAGACCAGCUGGCUGUUGUAGUUUCCAACUCGAACUAUUCUUGUUUUCAGUUGUGAAAUUGCAACGAUGGUGGAAGGGUCUCUUACUAAAUAAUUUGAUCACGAAGUCUGCCAUUAUUAUUCAGUCUUGCACUCGUGGGUGGAUAGCCAGGCGGGAGGCUGCUGUUUGUAGACAUCAUAUCGUUGUCAUUCAAUCCCACUGGAAAGGUUACCUUGCACGUAAAGAGUCAAGAGAACAUCUAUUGGAUUUGCGCUUGAGAGUGCAGGAGUCUGCCAGAAAUGUGGAUGACAGCAAGCGUCUCAUAAACAGACUCUUGGCAGCGCUUUCAGAGCUACUUCAUAUGAAGAGUCUUAGUAACAUCCUUCAUACUUGUUCAACAUUGGAUAUGGCUACCGGACAUUCUCAGAAAUGUUGUGAAGAGCUUGUGGCUGCAGGGGCUAUAGACACCUUGCUGAGGCUUAUUCGAUCAGUCAGCAGGAGUAUACCUGAUCAGGAGGUUCUUAAGCAUGCUUUGUCAACUCUCCGAAAUCUCUCCCGCUACCCUCAUCUACUACAAGUGCUGAUCCAAAGUCACGAUUCUGUGCAGAUAAUCGUCUUGGAGUUACUAAGGAAUAAGGAGGACGGCUACUUCAUUGCUUCUGAACUUUUGAAGAGGAUAUGUUCCACUCAUAAAGGAGUUGAGGUCAUACUGAAGUCCCCUGCCCUACUAAAACGAUUGCACACUCUUGUUGAGGAGCUUACAAGGAAGGCAAUUUAUGAGAAAAGAAUUGCUAGGGGUCCUAGUCCUAGUCCAGUUAUUAGAGAAAACAGAGAGAGAAGAUUGAAGGAAGCUGCUGACAUUCUGAAGCUCAUAACCAGCGCCUGA